AUGCCGGUCGUCAAGGGCGGCGUCUGGACCAACAUCGAGGACGAGAUCCUCAAGGCCUCCGUGUCCAAAUAUGGCCUGAACCAGUGGGCACGGGUGUCGUCCCUGCUGGCGCGCAAGACGCCCAAGCAGUGCAAGGCCCGGUGGAACGAGUGGCUCGACCCCAGCAUCAAGAAGAUCGAAUGGAGCAAGGAGGAGGACGAGAAGCUGCUGCAUCUCGCCAAGAUCAUGCCGACGCAGUGGCGCACCAUAGCCCCCAUCGUCGGCCGCACCGCCAACCAGUGCCUGGAGCGGUACCAGAAACUGCUCGACGAGGCCGAGGCUCGCGAGUCGUACAGCCUGGGCCUGACGGGGCCCGACGGGGGCGAGACGCAAGCGCCGAGCGCCGACGACGUCCGAAGACUGCGCCCCGGCGAGCUCGACCCCGACCCCGAGACCAAGCCGGCCCGCCCGGACACCAUCGACCUCGACGAGGACGAAAAGGAGAUGCUGAGCGAGGCCCGCGCCCGCCUGGCCAACACCCAGGGCAAAAAGGCCAAGAGGAAGGCCCGGGAGCGUCAGCAGGAAGAGUCCCGCCGCAUCGCCUCGCUGCAGAAGCGGCGCGAGCUCAAGACUGCCGGCAUCAACAUCAAGAUCCUGACGCGCAAGAAGGGCGAGAUGGACUACAAUGCCGACAUUCCGUUUGAGAAGAGGGCGGCGCCAGGCUUCUACGACACGUCCGAGGAACUCCGCCGCAACGAGCUGCAGCGCAAAGCCCUGGACCCCCAGAAGCAGAACCUGGCCACGAAGCGAAAGGGGGACGACGACGAGGACGGCGAGCGCAAGAGGAGAAAGAAUGACAAGGAGGGGCUCACGCAGUCGCAAAAGGCGGCCAUAAAGGCUGGCCAGAUGCAAAAGAUUCGCGAGGCCGAGCAGAGCAGCAAGCGCCGCCCUCUGAGCUUGCCGGCACCCCAGGUCAGCGAGGGCGAGCUCGAGGAGAUCAUCAAGAUGGGCAAGAUGGGAGACGCCGCCAGCGCCGCGGCCAGCAAGAGCGAAAAUGACGCCACGAGGGGUUUCAUCCGCUCUUAUACUACCCUGAACACCAACGCGCCGAUCCGGACGCCCAAAGCCCCCGAGCAGGAAGAUCACAUCGCCAACGAAAUCCGCAACAUUCGGGCCCUGAACGAGACCAAGUCGGCGCUCCUGGGCGGCGAGAACACGCCCCUCCACCAGGGAGCCGCCGGGUCGACGGGGUUCGAGGGGAUCACGCCGAGAAAGCAAGUCAUGGCGACCCCGAACCCCCUUGCGACGCCUCUGCGAUCCGGGGCCGCCGGCGGCGCAACGCCAGGUCGACCGGGCCAGACUCCCAUGCGGACCCCUCGCGAUUCCUUCGCCCUCAACAGAGCCGACGGCACGGCUGCGGGAGCCACGCCUCGCGACUUGAGAAUGCAGCAGCUCGCCGUGCGGAACCAGCUGCGGUCCGGCCUCGCCUCGCUGCCCAAGCCCAAGGACACCGAGUGGGAGUUUGAGAUUCCCGAUGAGCAGCAGGACGAGGGUGGCGUCGAGGCUCGGCGCGAGGAAGACGCGGCAGAGCGGGACCGAAGAGAGCAGGAGAGACGGGCUGCCGAAGAGGAACUCGAGAGACGGAGAAGGACCCAGGUGAUGCAGAGGGAGCUGCCGCGGCCGACGCUCGUCGACCUGCCGGCGCUGCUCGACAGGGCCGAGAGCCUCCCCGACGCGGCCCAAGCCAUGAUUGCCCGGGAGACGGCGCUGCUCAUGGCCAACGACGCAGCCCAAUACCCCCUGCCAGGCUCCCAGGUCCGGGGCGACGUCGGCCCCCUCGAGCGCUUCGACGACGCCAGCCUCGCCGACGCCAACCUCCUGAUUCUCUCCGAAUCCAGACCCCGGCCCAGCCCGGAAGCCAUCCAGGCAUUUUUCGACAGCCGAGCCGACGACUCGCUGCUCCUCGGGCUGGGGUGCUACGACGCCGACGAGCAGCAACAAGAGGCCGCCAUGCGCGGCGCCUUUAACGCUGCCGAAAUAUCCAUCAUGGCGUCGGCCGAACACGGCGCCAAGCUGCAGGAACGACUGGCCCUCCGCCUGGGCGGCUACCAGAAGCGGCAGAAGAUGCUCAAGGACAAGCUCGGCGGCGCGGCGGACGCGCUGGAAAAGGCCAGGGACGCGCUGAGCGCCUUCAAGACGCUGGCCGUCUCGGAAGACGUGGGCAUCGAGAGGCGCCUGCAGGCGCUGCGGGACGAGGUCACGCACGUCACCAGGCGGGAGAGGGAGGCGCAGGACGAGUACAGGCGCGUGCGGGAUGAGCUGGACGCGCUGCGGGCGGGGGCGGUGGCGGGCGGUGGCGACGGCCGGAACGGCUAUCAUUAA